AUGCUGGUCAAUGGGAAGUUAACCGGAAGUAAUCAGAUUCUUAAUAUCAUUGACGUGUAUGCUCCUCAGAGGGUGUUGGAGAAGAAAGUUGGUUGGAACAGUCUGGCCGAUAUUCUUAAAUCGGGGGUUGGGCAAUGGGUGUUGUUAGGGGAUUUUAAUGUUGUUAGGUUCCCAGAAGAAAGAAAGAAUUCUGCGUUCAAUAGGUCUUGUGCUAAGGAGUUCAAUGAUUUUAUCGACGAGUGCGGGUUGGUUGAGUACAGUAUGAAGGGCAGAAGCUUUACUUUUCUUGCUCCAAAUUCUACCAAACUUAGCAAAAUUGAUAGGGUGCUGCCGUUCAGAUUUUUCAAUUCGUGGUUAGAAAAAGAGGGAUUCGAUAGUAUUGUGGCCGAUGUAGUGGAGUCUUAUUGUAACGUGGGAGUCCGUCCUAAUGUGGUUCUGGCCAAUAAAUUUAAGCAUAUCAGACCGAAAAUUAAAGCAUGGAGGGAUGAGGUGUGUGCCAAAGAUAGAGAGGAUGCAGGGAGGGAUAAAGAAGAAUUUGAAUUAUUGGAUAGUUUGGCCGAAGAGAGGGAUCUUUCGGAAGAAGAGUUAUGGAUCAAAAUGGAAUUUCGUACGAAUAUCUGUGAAAGGGAACGUUUGAAAAGUAAAAAUGGAAUUCCAGGAUUGUUCGUUAAUGAGGUUUGGGUUGAGGAUCCGAAGUUAAUUAAAAAAGAGGUGUUCCGGUUUUUUAGGAAUCACUUUGUUGAGAAAGUGGGUAAUAGACCGGGUUUGCGGUGUCACGGUCUUAGCAGACUGUCUGAUGCGGAAGUGAUCAGUCUAUCUGAGCAUUUCACGGAUAAGGAGGUUAAGGAGGCUGUUUUUGAGUGCGGUGUUGAUAAAGCUCCAGGCCCUGACGGGCUCAAUUUUAGAUUCCUAAAACACUUCUAG